AUGGUGGACGUGGACGUGGACAUGGACAUGGACGUGGACAAGGACGUGGACGUGGAGGUGGACGUGGACGUGGAGAACUUGGACGUGGACAUGGACGUGGACGUGGACGUGGACGUGGACGUGGACCUGGACGUGGACGUGGACAUGGACGUGGACGUGGACGUGGACGUGGACGUGGACGUGGACGUGGACGUGGACAUGGACGUGGACGUGGACAUGGACGUGGACGUGGACGUGGACGUGGACAUGGUCGUGGACGUGGACGUGGACGUGGACGUGGACGUGGAGAUGGACGUGGACGUGGACGUGGACGUGGACGUGGAGAUGGACGUGGACGUGGACGUGGACGUGGACGUGGACAUGGACGUGGACCUGGACGUGGACGUGGACAUGGACGUGGACGUGGACGUGGACGUGGACGUGGACUUGGUCGUGGACGUGGACGUGGACGUGGUCGUGGACGUGGACGUGGACGUGGACCUGGUCGUGGACGUGGACGUGGACGUGGACGUGGACGUGGAGAUGGACGUGGACGUGGACGUGGACGUGGACGUGGACGUGGACGUGGAGAUGGACGUGGACGUGGACGUGGACGUGGACGUGGAGAUGGACGUGGACGUGGACGUGGACGUAGACUUGGACGUGGACGUGGACGUGGACGUGGACGUGGACAUGGGCGUGGACGUGGGCGUGGACGUGGACGUCGACAUGGGCGUGGACGUGGACGUGGACGUGGACGUGGACGUGGACAUGGACGUGGACGUGGACGUGGACGUGGACAUGGACGUGGACAUGGACGUGGAGGACUUGGACGUGGAGAUAGGCGUGGACGUGGACGUGGACGUGGACAUGGACGUGGACAUGGACAUGGACGUGGACGUGGACGUGGACAUGGACGUGGACAUGUACGUGGACGUCGACGUGGACGUGGACUUGGACGUGGAGAACUUGGACGUGGACUUGGACGUGGACGUGGACGUGGACGUGGACAUGGACGUGGACAUGGACGUGGACGUGGACAUGGACGUGGACGUGGACGUGGACGUGGACGUGGACAUGGACGUGGACAUGGACGUGGACGUGGACGUGGGCGUGGACGUGGGCGUGAACGUGGACGUGGACGUGGACAUGGACGUGGACGUGGAGAUGGACGUGGACAUGGACGUGGAGGACUUGGACGUGGAGAUAGGCGUGGACGUGGACGUGGACGUGGACAUGGACGUGGACAUGGACGUGGACGUGGACGUGGACAUGGACGUGGACAUUUACGUGGACGUCGACGUGGACGUGGACGUGGACGUGGAGAACUUGGACGUGGACAUGGACGUGGACGUGGACGUGGACGAAGACAUGGUCGUGGAUAUGGACGUGGACGUGGACGUGGACGUGGACAUGGACUUAGACGUGGACGUGGACGUGGACAUGGACGUGGUCGUGGACAUGGACGUGGACGUGGACAUGGACUUGGACGUGGACAUGGACGUGGACAUGGACGUGGACGUGGACAUGGACAUGGACGUGGACGUGGACGUGGACGUGGUCAUGGACGUGGAUGUGGACGUAGACAAGGACGUGGACUUGGACAUGGAUGUGGACGCUCGCAAGCUCUUGGACCAGGCAGGCUCGUGGACCAGGCAAGCUCCUGGACCAGGCAAGCUCCUGGACCAGGCAAGCUCCUUGACUAGGCAAGCUCCUGAACCAGGAUAG